AGUGUCCCCCCUCAGGCUCUGAUAAGUCGGGAAAGCGCCCACUCUGCUCAGCGGGAAGGCGGCAGCGGAGCUGCUCAAUCUACGCACUUCUGUAGGAAGAGGACAGUUGGUUUGCUCUGAAAGUGUAUGACCCUGCUGAAACAGACAAAACUGGAAACUGGACUAGAGAAUGGCCAAUACCUACGUCACUGCAUCUGAUGGGUGUUGUUUUGCUGAGCCCACGCAGUAUUACGAUAUUUUGCCAGAACAAAUCCAUUAUCAGCUGUGUGACACCGAUUUCCAAGACCCACCCUAUUGUCGGUAUUCCACUGCUCAGUUCCCUCCAGCUUUACAGUCCCCAUCUUUACAAAGCCAUUUCCACACCUAUGGCUUGGAUCCACAGUAUGGUGGUGGCGGAUGGUGUGGACUUGAUGCUCGGGAAUCCAGUCAGUCCACUUACAUGGUUGUUCAGGAUGAUGAAGAUGGAUUCCCUGGGAUGCAAAGGUCCCCACCAACUUGUUCUUUACGCUGGAAGGGACAAGAUGAGCUCUGCGUGGUCUGUGGUGAUAAGGCGUCAGGAUAUCACUACAAUGCACUUACCUGUGAAGGCUGCAAAGGUUUUUUCCGACGAAGCAUCACCAAAAAUGCGGUUUACAGUUGCAAGAAUGGUGGCCACUGUGAAAUGGAUAUGUACAUGCGCAGAAAAUGCCAAGAGUGCAGACUGAAGAAGUGUAAGGCCGUGGGGAUGCUGGCAGAAUGUUUGCUCACAGAGGUCCAGUGUAAGUCAAAGAGACUUCGCAGGAGCUUCAACCAGAAGAUGGUUCUUCACUCUGACUUCCCAGUGGAAGAUGAAGGAGCAGACAGCAAGCUUGUAUCAUCCACCACCAGAUCUGGAAGAGGGGUUCAGGAAAGCAUGAUGCUAACCCAAGAGGAACAUCAUCUUAUGAGUACCAUAGUGACUGCUUAUCAAAAAUUCAUGAUUCCUUUAGGGGAAACAAGCACACUUCUGCAGGAGUUUUCCAACCCUGAACUAAGUUUUCUGAGACUCUCAGAGGGAGCAGUCCUACACAUACAUGGGCUGAUGAGUUUUACCAAGGGACUCCCAGGAUUUGAAAACUUAACCAAUGAGGAUCAGACUGUAUUACAGAAGGAGUCAAAAACUGAAGUGAUGUUUCUUCAUGUAGCCCAACUUCACAGUGGGAAAGCAUCAACCUCUGGAAGUGCUAUGAGGCCAUCCAAGCCCUCAGCUCGGACACUGGGGGUGCAUCAUCAGAGCAGUGAUGACAAUGUUUAUUCUUCGGAGAACUCUUUCAAGGAAGGCAGUCCUGCUGCUACUCUAACUGGUAUUACUAAAGAAUUUAUCGCCUCACUGUCUUACUUCUACAGAAGAAUGAGUGAACUUAAUAUAACGGAUACCGAAUAUGCUCUGCUUACAGCAAUCACAGUGCUUUUCUCAGAUCGUCCAUGCCUUAAAAAUAAGCAGCAUGUAGAAAACUUACAAGAACCAGUUCUACAACUUUUGUUUAAAUAUUCGAAACUAUACCAUCCAGAAGAACCACAGCGUUUUGCUCACUUCAUAGGAAGGCUUACUGAACUGCGGACUCUGAGUCACAGGUACUCAGAAAUCCUCAGCACCUGGAAAACAAAGGACCCCAGACUGGUUCCGUUAUUCUCUGAAAAAUGGAAUUUGUACGCACUUUACUGAAAAUGUAGUAUGUUGAGGUUUGUCUCAAAAUUUCAAAACCACAAUUGGAUGACUGAUUUGAAAACUGUAAUUAUGCAUCACCAUAAAAUGGAGAAAUGAAGGGCUCAUCCUCAUCAGAUUUUGUGGAAUUUUCGACUCUCAAUAGAGGAACACCCUAGGAUUCUUCUCAAUGGAGCCAUGGGGUGGAACAAUCCUUGUACUUGGGAGAUGGAGGCAAUAAGAUCCCGAGUUCAAGGCCAUCCUGGGCUAUAUAGUAAGACCUCAUCUCAGAAGAAGAAAGAGAAGAACUGGUGGUCAUUGUUUCUUCAUGAGUCCUUACCUGAAGAAACUAAUUUUUUUUCCACUUAGCUGAAAAUAUCUAAUGUGUAAAUGUGAACAAAGGUUAGUUGUAUUAGGAUAAGACAGUUUGUGUGCCUCACUGAUUAAGGACACGCUGAUGGAAUAAGAAGCUGAUGCUUAAACCUCUUCUUGUCACAGCAUUUCAUGAGUGAUUAAAGAGGAACAAGACCUUUUCGAAUUGUAUCUGUUUUCCAUUUUUUAAUAAGUGUAUGCUAAUUACACAAAGUAGUGAGUUUCAUUAGGAAAAUUUCAUACAUGUACAUAAGGUAUUUCAGUUUUAUUUACCACCCACUCUGGACUCCCCACACAUUGCAGAUGCCCUUCUUGUUCUCCUGAUGGUCCCCGUCUACUUCCAUGCCUUAAAUCAGUACAUUCACACAUGCAAGAAAACACCUGAGUCUAGUCUGAGUCUGGUUUAUUUCCCUUGACAUGAAGACAUCCAUCUAUUUUUCUGCAAAGGACAUAGUUUUGUUCCUCUGAAGGACUGAAUUGUGCAUGUAUAUCUGUGUAUAUCACAUCUUAUUUAUCCAUCCGUCCGUUGAUGGCACCUACUUUGAUUUCCUAUCUUGGGCACUGUGAAUAGUGCUGUAGUAAACAUGACUGUAGGUGUUGUGAUUUUAUGUGGCUCUUGAUUCAGGUGUAUUCCCAGAUGGAUUACACAGUAGGUCUAUAUUUGGAUUUGAAGGAAAUGAUACAGUGAUUUCCACAGUGACUGCUUCUUCCCAACAGUGUAUAAAGAUUCCUUUCCCUUCACAAUUCUUGCCAACAUUUGUUUUUC